AUGACUGCAACCACCAACCCACGAGCACGCAACUUCAACGUCGGUGAUCAGUACGAGAUCCUCGACGUCGUCGGCGAGGGUGCCUACGGUAUCGUCUGCUCGGCCAUUUACAAGCCCACUGGACAGAAGGUGGCCAUCAAAAAGAUCACUCCAUUCGACCACUCCAUGUUCUGUCUGAGAACCCUGAGAGAGAUCAAGCUGUUGAAGUACUUUAACCAUGAGAACAUCAUUUCCAUCCUCGAUAUCGUUAAGCCUCCCACCCUGGACGCUUUCCAGGAAGUCUACUUGAUUCAGGAGCUGAUGGAGACGGAUAUGCACCGAGUGAUCAGGACCCAGGAUCUGAGCGACGACCACUGUCAGUACUUCAUCUACCAGACCCUCCGCGCCCUCAAGUGCAUGCACUCUGCCAACGUCCUCCACCGUGACCUCAAGCCUUCCAACCUGCUCCUCAAUGCCAACUGUGACCUCAAGAUUUGCGAUUUUGGUUUGGCGAGGUCCGCCAACUCGAACGACGAGCACAGCGGAUUUAUGACAGAGUAUGUGGCGACCCGCUGGUACAGAGCCCCCGAGAUCAUGUUGACAUUCAAGGAAUACACAAAGGCCAUCGAUGUCUGGUCCGUCGGAUGCAUCCUCGCCGAGAUGCUCUCCGGCAAGCCCCUCUUCCCCGGUCGCGACUACCACUCGCAGUUGAACUUGAUUUUGGAUGUGCUGGGAACACCCACGAUGGAGGACUUUUACGGGAUCAAGUCCCGCCGUGCGCGUGAUUACAUCCGCACGCUGGCAUUCAAGAGGAGGAUCCCCUUUGCCUCCAUGUUUCCCGAUGCUAACCCACUCGCGCUGGACCUGCUGGAAAAGUUCUUGACGUUCAACCCCGCAAAACGUAUCACGGUCGAGGAGGCCCUCCGUCACCCUUACCUCGAGCCCUACCACGACCCUGAGGAUGAACCCUCGAUGGAUCCUAUUCCUGAGAGUUUCUUUGACUUUGACAAGCACAAGGAUACCCUUUCCAAAGAGCAGCUCAAAGGAUUGAUCUACACGGAAGUGACAGGAAUCAACUUCAACUAG